CAUAGAUGGACACUUUACCGAUACGUCUCAUUGGCUAGACAACUUCAGUUCUCAAUGAUUGCAAGUUGGAAUAUUACUGGAUACUCAAUACAAUGAUCCAAAUGGCUGAUGAUUAUCUUGCGCAUCUAGCAGGGAAUAUUAACGGUCUAUCGGACUUAAAUCAAACAAUUAUUCAGGGCGAUGGUUGUGUAAACAGUUCAAUCAAUCAGUCUUCUGAAAUUCCAUUCUUUAUGGACGAUCCCAUAUACCAAGCUACUCUCAAAGUGGAGAAAUACACCCUACCGGUGAUAUGCGUGUUCGGAUUGCUUGGAAACACAUUGUCAUCAAUAACCUUUCUUAAACUUCCACUACGAAGAGCACCCUGUUCCUUGUAUCUAGCAGUAAGAGGAUUCAGUGACAACGGGUUUUUGUUAAGUCUGCUCCUCCCAUGGAUUUCAAGUACAUUUGAUCUACAUCUGAGUCAGGUGAAAGGUGUCUGCCAGACAAUAAUAUUUAUAUCAUAUGUUUGUGGAUGUGUUUCGGUUUGGUUGUGUGUCUUUAUCACAUUUGAAAACUUUCUGCUAAUUCACAAUCCAUUCACGGCCGGAAAAGUGUGUUGCGACUGUAUUUCAAAAUUGAGCACAGUGCUCUUAGUGCUUUUUGCACUGGCACUAUAUAGCAUAUCUCUCCGGAUAAUGAACGGGGACUGUUCGCCGAAUCAGGACUUAACGGAACUGACACAGAUUUUUGUAUAUACCGACAGUUUGUUAACACUUGUGAUUCCAACCGUUGUUAUUAGUGUUCUUAUGGCUGUGAUUGCAUACAAGGUGAUUCAUAUCCUACAAAUUAGGAAAAUACAUUCCAAGUUGUCUAAAGUGAUUAUCAGAGACAACCCAUCAGCCACCGUACAAAAACGAAUAUUGCCUAUCGCCAAAGUGACAAGAAUGUUAUUUGUGGUUUCAUUUGUGUUUUUUGCAUUGAAUGUUCCAAGUCAUGUGGUACGUUUAAGGAUAUUAAUAGGAACAUUCACUAAAGGUCAUUCUACGACUUCAGUAACAAUGGCAACGAUUCAGUCUGCAUUCCAAAUUCUGUACUACCUUAGUUUUUCUAUCAAUGUUAUCGUCUACGCAACCUUCGGAUCAAAUUUCAGACUGGUUUUUAGGAAGAUUUUUUGUGGGUAUGUAUUGCCAACAACUUCUAGUCAAGUUCAAACGGAGGCGAUAAAUUUGGUCGUCCAAAGACGCCGACGGUCGAUGACUGAAAAUCCUUCUUGCGCAGAGGCAAGACCAAUCGUCUCAGAAUGUGACCGGUCAUGUCACAAGAGCUAGCACGACUCGUUUUCAAACAAAUCAUAUGGCUGUAGUCUUUGUUGAAUUAUUGAAAUAUACAUAUUAUUAUUAUAUACAUUAUAUUACACAAGUCCCCCGAGUUAUAGGAAUUAAAUUAGUUAUGUUAUGUUUUUUGUCUGUAUUUUAGCGUUGUGUUCCUUUUUUUAGUGUUUGCUGGCCAUUGCCUUUGUGUCUUUAAUCAGAACCUUGGUUAAAUGUAAGGCUGUCGGACGAUUCUGUAGUUACCAUUAGUUGAAUUAUAUCACGGGUGUUGGGAGUUGUAGCUGUAUUUAUCAUUUUGUCAAGCUUACAGAUCAAUUAGUAGAGUGCGUAUACUGAAAUAUCGUUAUAAUUUAUCGGCACGCUAUUCAUUGCAAUGUUAAAUAAUGCAACUGUUACCGUACUGAUCGAUAACUAUUGCAUAACAAAAUUACUUUCCAAUAUGGUACAACAAGCGAUUAAUGAUAAACAUUAUGUUUCCAUAUCCCUGUAACAUGUUGCUUAGAUAAUUCAAAAGCAUUGAAUAAAUAAAACCACACAGAAUUAUGGUAUCUUAUUUCAGGUGUAUAAAAACUAUGCUAGGUUCUAAAAUUUGAUAUGAAGUCAUUUUUUUAGUUUAAAACUAUUUAUAUUACAACGAUUCUGAAAGAAGUUAUAGCAGCACUAUAGAUGGCACGAUGUUACGCGAGAGUGUGGUAUUGUGUUGCGUACCCGUAUGAAGACCCACUUGUCCACAAUUCAAACUCACAAGCGCCCUGUCCGGGAAUCGAACCCGGGUCGCCUGGGUGAGAGGCGAGUGUGCAUUAUACUGCGCUAACCGGACAACCAUUCAUUUUUGUAAUUCGACUCUUAAUCUGCAUAGUCAAAAUGAUACAGAAAACUGUAUAUCCGAUAAUAUCAAUGGUGUCAGAAACAUUUUAAUCAGUCUUUGUUAAGAAUGACGGAUCAAACCUGUUGCUUUACCUAAAAAAUAGACUCAAAACAAAAAAAAAUUCUUUGAAAUUAACCGUGCGUUGUUAAAAAGAAACUUGUAUAUACGUUGAAUAGUUAGUUGUAUUAAAUGCAUGUGACUGUACGUAUCCAAGUUAUUAAGUAUCCAAGUAUUGCUAUUUACUAUGACUAAUUUCUAUUCAGUGACAUUACUUCGUCUUCUUGCUUGCAACUGUUUUAAGAACGGUCAAGUUUUAUUUUCAUGUUUUCCAAAAUAUAAACUGUUUUAAAACUAUUCGAGCUGUUUUGUUUUCAAGAGGUUGUUAAAACUUAAAAUCAAUG